AAAUAAACCCAGUGAGGAGCAGGGGUGCGGUGGGGACAAUAAGGCAACACUGUAUCAACAUCCGGGGUCCCAGACUAUUCAACAUCUUACCAGAAGAUAUCAGAAACACUGCUGGAACAAGUGUAGAAGCCUUCAAGAAGAAACUGGACAAGUAUCUUUACCAGGUGCCAGAUCAACCAGGCUGUGAUGGAUAUCUGGGGCAGCGGGCCUCCAGCAGCAACAGCCUGGUUGACCAGGCAAGUACCAGAAGAACCUGGCUCAUGGCCGGGCUCCGAGAGUAAUGAAACUCUGGAAACUCUUCAGGUAAAGGUAGCAAGAUCCAACAUGUCCACACCUGCAGGUAAACUUAAGUAUUCUCCCUCCCUAGAGAACAUGACAGCCUCUGAAAACGACUCCCAUGACACCAGCAAACUAAGUGAUAAUAAGAAGCAUGAACCACUCCUGAAUGAAGAAACAGGUGACAUUGACCUAAUUUACACGCUAGAGGAAACCCCACCAUGGUACAUAUGCAUAUUCUUCGGCUUUCAGCACUACUUGACGAUGGCAGGAGGCACUGUGGUGAUCCCUAUCAUAGUGGCGUCGUUCUUGUGCAUGCCUGAGGACGAGUCUGCCCGAGGAGCACUCGUCUCCACGGUCUUCUUUCACUCAGGCCUCGUCACCCUCCUGCAGACAACCUUCGGCGUCAGGCUACCCAUCAUCCAGGGCGGAGACUUCGCCUACGUGGUGCCCACCAUCGCCCUCCUGACGACGGUGUAUGAGCCAUGCGAUGCCCUGCCCCUGGCCAACCUGACGGCGGCGGCCAGGCAGGAGGUAUGGCAGGUCCGGCUCAGAGAUAUACAAGGAUCCAUCGCUGUCGCUUCGGUGUUCCAGAUUAUCCUUGGCUUCACAGGGAUCAUCGGGAUAGUGUUGAGGUGGAUCACGCCUCUCUCUGUGGUACCUACCGUCACUCUGGUUGGCCUCUCACUCUUCGACGUUGCGGCCACCAAGGCUGCGCAACACUGGGGCAUUUCAAUCCUAACAAUAGCGUUGAUAUUGUUGUUCUCCCAGUACAUGAGCACAGUGCCGCUACCAGUACCAGUACUGACGAAGGACUGCAGGUUCAAGCUAGCCAAGUCUCAGGUCUUCAAGUGUUUCCCGGUGCUGCUGGCGGUGCUGGUGUCAUGGACACUGUGUGCUAUCCUCACCACUUACGACCUCCUCCCUGAAGGAUCUCCAGCCCGUGCUGACGCUACGCGAGGCCUCCUGCAGAAGUCUCCGUGGUUCAGGAUUCCCUAUCCUGGGCAGUGGGGGUGGCCGAGUGUGCGGGCGGCGGGGGUGGUCGGCAUGCUGGGUGGCGCUGUUGCUUCAAUCAUAGAGAGUAUCGGUGAUUACUAUGUCUGUGCCAAGAUAACAGGGGCGCCGCCCCCACCCGUGAGUGCCAUUAACCGCGGGGUGGGCGUGGAGGGCGUGGGUUGCCUCCUAGCUGGACUCAUUGGCACCGGAAAUGGCACUACUUCCUGCUCCCAGAACAUCGGUGUUAUCAGUGUUACCAAGGUAGGGAGCCGUCGAGUGGUCCAGUACAGCGCCAUUAUCCUCAUCUUCAGCGGAGUCUUCGCUAAGUUCGGCGCUGUGUUUAUCACCAUCCCGGAGCCCGUUAUGGCAGGAGUGUUCGUGGUGAUGUUUGCCAUGGUGACCUCCGUGGGCCUCUCGCCACUCCAGUACGUCGACCUAGCCUCCUCCAGGAACCUCUUCGUCAUUGGCUUCUCCAUCUUCUUCGGAAUGGCUCUGCCCAAGUGGGUGGAGAAGAAUCCUGGUAUCAUACAGACGGGGUCUGCUGAAGUAGACCAGAUCCUGACGGUGCUUCUCCAGACGCCCAUGUUCAUUGGAGGAGGAUUGGGAUUCCUCUUCGAUAACACCAUCCCAGGUACGGCCAAGGAGCGCGGUCUCCUGGGCUGGAACAAGCAUUACCGCCAGCAGGAUGGAUACCUUCCGCAGGACCCUGACUCAGGCUGCUGCCACCCGUCUUCCAGCUACGACAUGCCCUUCGGCAUGAAGGUCAUCUCAAGAAUCAAAUGGCUGAGGUACCUACCCUUCAGCCCCACCUUCAACGACUUCAGGAGCAGCAAGACUGAAAUGACUGUCAACGGAGUGGAGGAGGCAAACCUGAAGUUACGUGUUUCCACCCCCCCCAUCCCCGACUUUGAGCACCUGAAGCCACAAUGCUCUUCAUAUGGGACGACUGAAGCCGACUAUCUCUCGUGUCUAGUGUAGAGAGCCUGAAGUCACCUAUCCGUCAUUCUUCAGCACCUGAAGUCGCCUAUCUGUCAUUCUUCAGCACCUGAAGUCACGUAUCCGUCAUUUUUCAGCACCUGAAGUCACCUAUCCGUCAUUCUUCAGCACCUGAAGUCACGUAUCCGUCAUUCUUCAGCACCUGAAGUCACGUAUCCGUCAUUCUUCAGCACCUGAAGUCACCUAUCCGUCAUUCUUCAGCACCUGAAGUCACCUAUCCGCUAUUCUUCCGAACAUGAAGUCACCUAUUCGUUAUACAACACCUAAAGUCACCUAUCCCUUCCUCCUGAGGGAACUGAAGUCACCUAUCCCAUAAUCCUGAGGGAACUGAAGUCACCUAUCCCUUCCUGAGUGAACUGAAGUCACCUAUCCCUUCCUCCUGAGGGAACUGAAGUCACCGAUCCUUUCCUCUUGAGGGAACUGAAGUCACUUAUCCCUUAAUCCUGAGGGAACUGAAGUCACCUAUCCCUUCCUGAGUGAACUGAAGUCACCUAUCCCUUCAUCCUGAGGGAACUGAAGUCACCGAUCCUUUCCUCUUGAGGGAACUGAAGUCACCUAUCCCUUAAUCAUGAGGGAACUGAAGUCACCUAUCCCUUCCUCCUGAGUGAACUGAAGUGACCUAUCCCUUCCUCCUGAGGGAACUGAAGUCACCUAUCUAUUCCUCCUGAGGGGACUGAAGUCACCUAUCUCUUCUUCCUGAGGGAACUGAAGUCACCUAUCCCUUCCUCCUGAGUGAACUGAAGUCACCUAUCCCUUCCUCCUGAGGGAACUGAAGUCACCUAUCCCUUCCUCCUGAGGGAACUGAAGUCACCUAUCCCUUCCUCCUUAGGGAAUUGAAGUCACCUAUCCCUUCCUCCUUAGGUUACUAAAGUCACCUAUCCCUUCCUCGUGAGGGAACUGAAGUCGCCUAUCCCUUCCUCGUGAGGGAACUGAAGUCACCUAUCCCUUCCUCCUGAGGGAACUGAAGUCACCUCUCCCUUCCUCCUGAGGGAACUGAAGUCACCUAUCCCUUCCUCC